GGUUGACAAUGGAAACGCAGCCGCUGAGCGCCAUUCGGGUUACCGCAGCGCAGCUCGAGUUCUCCUGAGUAGGUAAGUAAUGUAGAACAUCUAACUACCCUCUUUAACAUCGCUAUGUGGUUGCAUUCUUCAUCUCUUUCUCUUGAAGUAUUGGAUACCUUAGUCAUCUUGUUUUGCUGCUGGUUCAGUGGAGCCAACAACAGUCUUUUGUCUUUAGUCUGUUACUUGCUCGCCCCUUGCUUGUCGAGCUGUAUUACCUUUGCGGUGGUUGGCCGAGUCCAGCGAUGAGGAGCUGCUGAUAAUUUAGCCUCCCAUCGCUCUGAAAACUUGAAUAUUGCUUCCUUUCCGUCCUGACGGUCCAGGAUGCGGCUCAGCCUCCUGGCGCUGGGCGCUGUGGCCGGCGCAUCGACACUCACUCCCAAUGUUCUUCCGUUGAUCGUCCGGAAUCCGUACCUGAGCACCUGGCUCUACAACGCCCGCGAUGCGCCCUGGGAGAAUUGGCCUAUGUUCUGGACCGGUGCUCAUGUGGGCUUCUCCGUUAUGGCAUCCGUUCCCGAGACCGGCACGGUCUACCCCUUGCUCGGAAGGCCCCAUGACUCGUUGCCGCGAGGCCACCACGUGUAUGAGGUCGCGUACCCGGAGUAUCUCGGCGCGACCUUCGAUGCGUCAACGACGAAUCUGACAUAUCGGAUCCGAGGGACCUCGCGUAACAGCUCUGCGCGCUUGACCCUCUCCUUCCUGUCGCCCAUCACGCCCUCCUCAACGUUCAGACAGUCGAUCCCCGCCGCGUAUCUCACUCUCACCGCCGAGGGCUGUCUUGAUUUUAACAUCUACACGGACGCCAACGGCGAGUGGGUUACCGGGAACCGGGACAGUAUGGUCAAGUGGGAGCUGCACAAGCUUGUUCGCCGUGACGGCGACCCGGGAACCGCACUCAAGACAUGGAAGGUCGCCCGUGCUCAUGAGCAGCUCUUCACCGAAUUUGCUGACCGCGCGGAAUGGGGGACACUGUAUUUCUCGGGCCCGGCAGACGUCCAGCAUCAGAGCGGGACGUCUGCCGUUUUGCGCCAGCACUUUGCUGAGAAGGGCUUCUUGAGAAACGAGGUGGAUAACAGGUUCCGUCGGGUGAUGGAUGAUGAACCGGUGUUUGCCUUCUCAAAGUCGUUCAAGCUGGGGAGUACACCGCGCGACCGCUGCCGCCCUGGAGAAGAGAGCAUCACGUUCACAUUUGCGCUGGUGCAGGACCCGGUAGUUCAGUUUGCCAGGGCAAAGGGAUUGGCCCACAUGAAACCGCUAUGGAAGUCGUUCAUCGGUACCGCCGACGAGCUGAUCGCCUACCAUCAUGCUGACUUCAAGACGGCAGCCGCCCUAGCCAGGAACUACUCGGACACGCUCGCCCGCGAUGCCUACAAUUCAGGCUCGCGGGACUACCAGGACAUUGCCGCGCUCUCGGCCCGCCAAGUCCUGGGCGCGACCCAGUUCUCCGGCACUCCAGACAACCCCAUCCUCUUCUUGAAGGAGAUCUCCUCAAACGGCAACUUCCAGACAGUAGACGUCAUCUUCCCAGCCUUCCCCUUCUUCCUGUAUACCAACCCGAAAUGGCUGGCGUAUCUGCUCGAGCCCCUUCUCGAGCACCAGCUGAGCGGCCAGUAUCCGAAUGAUUAUAGCAUGCACGACUUGGGCGCGCACUUCCCGAACGCGACCGGCCAUUCCGAUGGGAACGACGAGUACAUGCCGGUGGAGGAGUGCGGAAACAUGCUCAUCAUGGGUCUUGCCCUGGCCAAUGCCCUGAGAUACGACACCGAACCGGCUUUCGUGGAGGCUGCUGCUGACAGCAACGCGGAAGCGCUCGCCGCUUUCAGCGCGUGGAACACCUGCGUGGACGAGUACGGAGUCGACUUGCGAAGGGGAGAGAAACCGAGCUCGAGGACGACAGGGUCGAAAGCGGCGGAGAAAUGGCUCUCCCGCGCCUACAAACUCUGGAAGCAAUGGACGGGUUACCUCGUCAGGGAGUCGCUCAUCCCUCACAACCAGCUGUGCACCGAUGACUUUGCCGGAUGGCUGGCCAACCAGACGAACCUCGCGCUCAAGGGGAUCAUCGGCAUCAGGGCCAUGAGCGAGAUCGCCCACAUUGUCGGCCAGGAAGACGACGCAAGGCACUACCGGGACAUUUCCGGAGAGUAUAUCGACAAGUGGCAGGAAUACGGCAUCUCGAGGGACAAGACGCACGCCAAGUUGGCAUACACCUGGUAUGGCUCGUGGACAACGUUGUACAACCUUUACGCCGACUCUUUGCUGUGCUUCCACGUCAAGGACCGGGAGGAGGGGGCCGAAGGGGAGGGGGACGAGGACAAAUCUGUCUCGAGCCCACCGAAAGGUGGCCAGAAGCCAAUCGGCGGAGGAGGAGGUCGAGAGACGUUUGUCCCGGACAAGGUCUACCAGAUGCAGAGCGACUGGUAUCAUGCUGUGCUGCAGAAGUACGGCCUACCCCUGGACUCGAGACAUCUAUAUACCAAGAGCGAUUGGGAGUUCUUUGCUGCGGCCGUCACAGGGCGGAAGACGAGGACGGAGAUCCUGACCGCUGUGGCGCGGUGGGUGAAUGAGACCGUUGUCGAUCGCCCAUUGACGGAUCUGUACGACACAGAAGGCGAUGGCGGAUUCCCAGGCAUCUACUUCAUGGCGCGUCCAGUUGUGGGCGGGCAUUUCGCCUUCCUGGCGCUGGAGAGGGCAUGCGGGGGCAAGGCGGUGGAAGCGCUGUCGUUCCUGCAUGAGAAGCUGCCUGCUGGGGUCAAUGUUGAAGAAGCACUGCGAGAGGAUCGGGAUGGCGGGAUGACAGUAGGCCGCGAGUGGGGGGAGCUCUAGGAGAGUAAAGUGACGAGGCAUCGAGCGGCAUGCCCCUUACCAUCAAGUCGUUGAACUAGCAUUGUAAGGGAACACUCAGUUCAGGGCUGCUCUGUGCUGACCCUUCAUCUGUGGCCCCAUGGAGGCUUCACAGCGACAGAGGAUUGAAUUGAUCAAUACUAGAAUACAAUAUCUGAGCUUGACAUUACUUGUAGGAUAUCAUUUGACCUCCAGUACCGACUCCAGGCUUACUGAGCUGAUCGGUUAUUGAAUGGAUAAGGCUAGUACGCCAAUUUCCGCGGGAAUAAGUGG